AUGGGCCUCUUCUUGCUGCCCUUCAGCCGUGCUCAAGAGCUAGUGGCCAUGGGCCGGGCCAAGCAGGGGGACUUCCUCCUGCUGUCCGGGUACUGUGGUUGGGGCCCGGGGCAGCUGCAGGAGGAGCUGCGGGACGGGAAGAGCUGGGUGCUGGCGGCUGCCGGUUGCAAGGCAAAGUGA